UCUUAUGCCAAGUGAAAAUAUUACUUGUCUUCACAUUAUUUGUCUGUUUUAAUGACGCAAAGAAAGUAUGUCACACCCUGAUGAUUGCUGAUACUACUUGAAGCCAAAUUCUACAAAUCAUGGUGUAAGAAAAACACCCUAUAUUAGCUUUUCACGGGCGUAUUAUGUACUGUUGGCAGUAUACUUUAGUUUGCUUUAUGAUCUUGUCAUUUCUGGUUUGGCUCUGAAUAUCCUUGGGUUAUCUAUGUUGCUUAUAUGACUAUUUCGUAAUUUUCAUUUAUAGAUAAAUUCGAUCUGUUUGACUUAGCUUUCUAAUGGUCAUGAUAGCCCAGUGGUUUAGGUUCUCUUUCCUGAGUAUAAUUCUGGAUCCUGGUACCACGUCAAAUUUAAGAUGUUUUACACAGACAGUGACUGUUCCUUUGCCAACAGCUUAGCAUUCGAAGUAAACGUCACAGGUCUUUGUAGAAAAACCGAGAUCCUAUGUUACAUUAGGCCUCCCUCACUGCUAAGACUUUGGAUGGCAUAUUCAUAGGUCAAAAUUGUGACUCUUCAUCUAGAACUGGUGAUGUUCUUAUAUGAGUGAAAAUUGUGACACCUCAUCUAGAACUGGUGACGUCUCUAUAUGAGUGAAAACUGUGACACCUCAUCUAGAACUGGUGACGCCUUUAUAUGAGUGAAAAUUGUGACACUUUCUCUAGAACUGGUGAUGUCUCUAUGUGAGUUAAAAUUUAGUUAUAUAUUAUUUUCAUUCUUAUUUAAAAAUACAAUUUUGUAAUGUGCAUAUAUAUAUGAAGUAGGAAUUAUCUUCUAUAAAUUGUUUCAUGACGUUCAGAAAAUGGUAUCGUUGGGUAGGGGUGGGGUUCACUUUAAAGUCUGGUAUCGUUGGGUAGGGGUGGGGAUCACUUUAAAGUCUGGUAUCGUUGGGUAGGGGUGGAGAUCACUUUAAAGUCUGGUAUCGUUGGGUAGGGGUGGGGAUCACUUUAAAGUCUACAUUUCGCAAAUUCUGUGGUCUUUAGAAUAAUCUAAAUAAAACCUGUCAUUAGGUCGAAUGCUGUCUGACAUAUUUUAUACGAAUUGUUUGGCCGUUGAUUUUGACUACGGAUUUCUCCGUUUACCUGAUCAAUACAUAGGGCUCACAGCGGGUGUGACCGGUGAACAGGGGAUGCUUACUCCUCCUAGGUAUCUGAUCCCACUUCUGAUGUGUACCGAGUCGUUGUUUAACCUACUCCUAAUUUUGUAUUUUUUUUUUAUAGAAUUUAUGAGAUUGAUUACUGUUGUUAUUGUCACCUUUUCAUUAAAAUUUACAUGUUAAGAAAUAAGAAUUCAUAGUGAUGUGGAUUUAAAACUGAUUGGUUGAAAGAUAAAAAUCUAUUAAAAUAAAGUGAGAUUGAAUUUAUGUUACCAAUUCAUAAUUAAUCUAUGUCAUUUAAAAAUAUUAAAUCUUUUGAAGGGAGACCCGAUAGAUUAGCCAAACAUUGCCCUUUACUUUUAGGUAUUUUCAAUGUCAAGGCCGUAAAAUGGCUGAUAUAAUGCCAAAAAGUCCGUAAAAUGGCUGAAAUAAUGCCAAAACAGCGUAAAACCAUUACCAAUUCUAUGUCAAGGUACACAUAUACUUGUAGUUUGACUAAAUAUUGUUUAUUCAAGUUUUUGGAAAGUGAGUACAUUGAUCUAAAGGGACUUCAAAGCAAUCGAACGUCACACUUUAGCAAUCGUUCAUGAAACACAUAGAACGACAGUCCCUUUAUGUGGGCGAGAUAAUAUACAGUGGAUGAAGAUCGCGUUUUAAAACAGCACAUGCCAUAAUAAUAUGCAACGGAUCAUUCUAAGUACUGCAGUUAAUUUUGUCUAAUAUUUGAAAAUUUCGUAAUAAAGUAAUUAGUUUUAGAAAAUGUUUGUGCACACAUUCAUGAUGUGUUGAAUCACAUGGAAGAUUGGGGAAUUGGGUAAAUGAUAAGAAAAUAUUUUGCUUUUGUAGUUUCGAAACAUGCGACCACAAUGGUGUAAGGCAAAGAUAACGAACAGUGAUCAAUCUCAUAACUUCAGUAGAAUUAAAAGUAUGACAAACACGGACCCCGAGACAUGGGGUCAUAUGCUUAGGAGGAGUAAGCAUCCCCUGUUGACCUGUCACACCCGUCGUGGGAAAUAAGCUUAUUUAAGUGAGGAAACAGGAACAUCCAUUAACAUUUUUUUCGUUUUGUGUCAUGGCAUCGACAGUUUAAAUUUGGCACCUUUGACAUACUUGAUUCGUCUAGAGAUGGUUUCUAAAGGAAUACUUUGUAAGAUAACACCAGUAAUUAAUCAGUACAGUACAGAUCGAUUUCGAAAAUAUUGUCUUUUAGUCUUUAAAACCUCUAAAAUGUGCCGGUAGAGAAAGGUUAAAUGGAUUUUAAUACGAUAUAAUCUGUUUACGUAUUCUUUAAUCCAAUGAUUAAAACCAUACGGUGGAGUAUUUGUCGCUACACAAUUACAGGACUCGUUAAUAUUUCUCGAGUUAAUUGGUAUUAAGAAGCUUCUUCAAGAUAAUAUGAAGACAACAUCGUUUAUUCGUCCUAUGUUUUUGAUUUUUGUGACAUUUGAAACUCAGGUUUGGGGAGCAAUGUUCUCCGACAGCCUUUCUCUUUACCAAGACCUGUUUAGGAAUUACACACCAGAUCUUCGUCCACAAUUCAAUCUAUCAGAAACAACUGAAGUAAGUUUGAGAGUGUUUUUAUUUUCUCUGAACGAUCUAGAUGAAGUGUCCGGUAUGGUAUCAAUAGUUGCUGGCGUUUUAAUGUCUUGGAAAGACUUCCAUCUCUCUUGGGAUCCCAGCAGUUAUGGUGAACUGGAAAGUUUAACUCUUCCGAAGAAAGCCAUUUGGGUUCCCAACAUUUUUAUGAUAGAUCCUGCCAAUAAAAUGGAAGCUAUUGGUAGUGAUGAUUUCAUUGGAAGGAUCCAGAGUGACGGCACCGUGUUAUGGUCACCCGGUGGAUUGAUCCAAUCUCUGUGCAAUGUUAAUAUGUAUAAAUUCCCGUUUGACACACAGGAGUGUACGUUAACACUAGCACUGUGGGGAUAUUAUAGAAGUGAAGCGACGCUGGUUCCCAUGAAUAACAACACUGCAGUGGACACGUCCUACUAUAAGAAGAACGGACAGUGGGAUUUAGAAGACGCUACCUUGUUGUAUCAUGAUUUUGGAGGGAAAGUCACUGGGUUGAAAAUCAGAUUGACAUUCAAAAGAAAGUCUAUAUAUUUUGUCUUCAACAUGCUUGUCCCCAUUCUCCUUUUGUCCAUUCUUAACCCUUUGGUUUUUGUUCUGCCAGUGGACAGUGGAGAACGCUUGUCUUAUGCAAUUACAAUUUUCUUGUCGUUUGCUGUUUUCAUGACGUUGCUUAGUGACAACAUGCCAAAGUCAUCGGAACCUAUGGCUCUGAUGUCGUAUUUUUUAAUUGAGACGAUGUGCAUGAGUACAAUCGCCAUUCUUUUGACUAUAUUUACCUUGUGCCUUCAUUUCAGAGAAUCGAAUACGGAAGUGUCCAGAAUAUUGUUAAAUCUUCUGAAAUUUCUCCAGUUUCGUUGUCUGUUCAGUUGUUGUAAGAAAACAAAGACAGAAUCUUUUCAGAUGGGAGAGAAUAAUGUUGGAGAUAAAGCUUUUGUGAGGAGAAACACGGAAAUUAAAGAUUUGGACAAAAUUACGAAUUGGAAAACUUUGGCAAAAGGAUAUGAUAAAGUGUUAACACACUAUUUUUACAUUUUCAUUUUCUUUCAUUGGAUUUUGUUUAGUCUUUUGCUUUUAAUUUAAUACAAAAACUGUUGUAUAUAUGAUUGAUAUUUCAUGCAAAAACUCUGGCACAUUCUUGGAAUGAUGCAGUUUUUGAAAUAUCAGCUCUUCUGUGAUGAACUUGCGUUUCGUAUUCGAUUGAUCGCAUGGAUGGGUACACACUGUUUACGUGUUGUGUAGAAUAACUGUCUGGAUACCAAUAAAUAAUAUAAAAACGUGACGUUUGUUUAUAUAGGUCAGUGGAACAAAUUAGACUGACUGAAUAACAUCGUAGUUUGGUUUUAAAAUCAAUAUGCAAUUGUUAUGAAAUUUCGCUUUUACACGAUCAAUACUUCAACAAAACCAAAAAAAAAAACAACAACAACAACAAAAAAAAAAACAAAAAAAAAAACAAAAAACAAAAGAAAGGAAAGACCCCCCCCCCCCCAUUUUAAUCAGUAUCUUCAAAUACUCAGCAACUUACUAAAACUUUAUAAAUUGAAAAGGUAAGACAAAUUUCAUCAAGAAGGUUUGUCUGUGGAUUUUAUAUCUAUGACAUACGUUUAAUUGAGUGCAGAAACCUUAUCAACUUUUUUAUGGUGCAAGACCUUGAAUCUAGGUCAAAAGCAAAUUGGCCGUCAGAGUAAUUAUAGAACAUAUGCUUAAGUAUGUGACAAAUUUUAUUCAAAUAUGGCUAAAUCUGUGAAAAAGUUCAUUCUUUGGAUAUCAUAUGGGUAUUUAGGGGGGGUGUGUUACUUUCGGUAGGUCGGUGGUCUUUUCCCAGGUACAUUGUAUCUGGGUUCUCUCUUCCACCAAUGAAAACUGGGCGCCACCAGAUAACUGAAAAAUUGUUGAGUGUGGCGGAAAACGGCAAAAAACAAACAAACUCUGUUUACCUGAUCAAGACAGCGCUCACGGCGGCUGUGACCGGUCGACAGAGAAUGCUUACUCCUUCUAGGCACCUGUCCCCACCUCUGGUAUGUCCAAGGGGUCCGUGUAUGCCCAAAUAUUUAAUCUGUAUUCUCUAUGGGAGUUAUGAGAUUGAUCACUGUUCGUUAUCUUCGCUUUUCAUCAAUGCAAAAUAACGAGAGGACAUUGUAUGUGUGAAUAUAAAAAUUAAACUCAAUAUUUAUAUUUGUACGUUUGAGUGAUAUUACACCCCCAAGUGCCUUUAAAGUGGUGCACCCUUCCGAAAUACAGAUGCAUAUAAUCAUAAGUAUGAACAAUAUAGUCUUUGUAUAUCUGGUUACCUAGGUUACAUGUAGAUCAGUGGGUUAACAUUUGACCUUUCCUAAUUAAUAUUCGUCUGUUGUCCGUUUGUUGUCGUCUGUCGUCCGUUUGUUGUCGUCUGUUUUAUGUCGCAUUCAAAAUGUUCAAUUUUGUGACUUCUUCUCAUGACCUACUAAUCCCGUAGAGAUCCAGGUUAGAAGAGGUCCACAGUACCUCUUGCUUGUCGUAAAAUGCGACUAAAUGGGGCGGUCCUUCGGGUGAGACCGCAAAAACAGAGGCCCCGUCUCACAGGAGGUGUGGCACGAUAAAGAUCCCUCCCUGCUCAGAGGCUAUAAGCGCCAAGAAUAGGCCAAAUAUUUGCAGCCCUUCACCGGCAGUGGUGACAUCUCCAUAUGAGUGAAAUAUUCUCGAGAGGGACGUUAAACAAUAUUAAAUCAAUCAUGACCUACUAGGAUAAUUUUAACCAAACUUGUCCAAAAUCAUACUUUAAUAAAAAGGACUCAACAAUUUAAAUGAAGGACCACCUCCAGGAAAAACGGAUCGGGCUGUUAAAAGAAUCUUCUUUUGAAGAACCAAGAGACCAAAAUAUUCGUAACUGAAUGCAAAUAAUGCUUAUACAUGUAUACUGAGAGUUCAGGUUUGUUUAAGCCAUGGCGCUCAAGCCAUGGCGCUCGGGGCUUAGUAUUUUAAAUUGUUUUAUAUAGUUAAACUCUUUGAAAACAACAACCAAAACAGAUUGCCAUAAGUAUUAUAUGUAUAAAGAUCAUAUUUCAUAUCUAGUAAAUGGAUGGUGUGAUUUUUGCAAUCAUGGUAUCAUUUUGAAGGGAUCUUCAAUUAAAAAUAAUCCAUUAUAGGAUUUUUCAAAAGUUUGUAUACUGUUUGAUUUAAUUCAACUAGAAUUUAACAUUGAAGUCUAAGGGAAGAGCAUGUUUUAUUAAAAUAUUUUAAAAAGAAAUUAUCUCUUCAUGUAAAACUUAUACGGUACCAAUUUUGAUGCACCAGAUGCGCAUUUCGACAAAUAAUGUCUCUUCAGUGAUGCUCAACCGAAAUGUUUGAAAUCCGAAAUAACUAUGAAGUUUUGGAGCUAAAUAUAGCCAAAAACAGCGUGCCAAAAAAGUGGAGCCAAAAUCGUCCAAGGAUAAGAGCUAUGCAUGAGGGAGAUAAUCCUUAAUUUUGAAAUGAAUUUCUAAAUUUUAUAACAGCAAUUAAAUAUACAUCCGUAUUUUCAAGCUAGUAACGAAGUACUUAGCUACUGGGCUGUAGAGACCCUCGGGGACUAACAGUCCACCAGCAGAGGCCUCGACCCAGGGGUCAUAAUGUAAAACUUAUACGGUACCAAUUUUGAUGCACCAGAUGCGCGUUUCGGUAGACAAUUACAUACUCUUUCUCUUUAUGAAAAUAUGAAAGAAGAUUAAUCAUUUACCACACACAUAUUUAGAAAAUGAGCUUUUUCUUAUCUAUACAAAGGGUAGAUAAAAGUUAUAAAAGUCUCAGGUGCAAAAUGGUCAGCUUCUAAUCAUUUACCGGUGAAUUUCAUCUACAUCACUUACAUCAUUAUUUAACAAUAGACAAUUAUUCUGAUUUAAAUCCUUCAAAAUUGUUCACUAUCCUUCUGUUAUGCGUUGAAUAUCUUAAUCAAAUAAAAAUGAUACACCAUACAAAUUUACAAGAAUUUGAUUACUGCUUGAUUUAUUUCACCUUGAGUUAUACAUAAUCUUAAAAUUAGAACUUUUGAUCCGAUCACGUAGAAAGCGAUAUACAUAGUGUACGUCAGCGGAUUAAAGGGUCUAAUUUCAUUAGAUUGAGUUAUACAUUGCGGUUUGUAGGAAGAACAUGUGUACUGAAAUGCUUUAAUAAGGAAUUGCAUUUUCAUGCAAAAGUUUACAUAAUUUUUUUCUAUUAAAAGUAGGGGUCUAGUAACGUGACGUCAUGUCCGGAUCGAACUCCGGUAUUGGUUCACGUACUAUUAUUAUCAAACGUAUUUUUACAUUUACCUGGAUGUUUUUUAAUUUAGUAAAAUGAAUACAUGUACAAUAACACUCAAUCACUUAUAUUUGAGUAGACUAUGGCUCCAAUCUUCUUUCCAUUUUUUGUCAUCUAAUUCACACAUAAAACCAGAGGUACAUAUUUGUUUAAUUGAUAUACAGAGGUAUUACAUGUUAAAAUUAUUUGUAAAUUAUUUUAAAAAAUCAUGAUAUGCAAUAAUGCACUUGUGCAAAUAAAUAAAACAAUUCUGCACUUGUUAUAUAUUUGUUAUCUUGUUAUAUAUUUGUUAUCUUCUAUUAUGUGAAAAUCAUCUUCAAAAUGGCUAUUUUGGCCAAAAAAUGUAAAUAUAAAUUGAGAUGCUGUGAAAAUAUUAUGCUGAGAAAGGGCAGAUUUUUUAAGAUAUAUUUUAACAAGCAUUCAUAUAUGAACAUAAUAUGUGAGUUUGAAUGAAAAAUCACAAGUCAAAUUUUUAAAAUAUCCAUAUUAGUGGUGUUGCAGUGCCGUAUUUUUGACUGCCGAGGGUCUGUAUUGGGUUCAAUUUUGUACCACCAUUAUUAAAAAAAACAUGAAACUGUAACAUUUCACUUUUAAUUAUUUAGUUAGACAUAUUUAUUUAAUAUUGGAGGAAAAAAAUUGCAGCAUCAUACCUCAAACAAAAUUUUAUGGACAUAUUCUAGGAUUUCUUCAAUGAAUUCUGAUAUUGCCGUUUGACAAAUGGGGGUACACGUAAUAAAAAUACCAUAAUUUACUCAUUAUACUGACAACCCCCCAUUUUUUAUCAUACUCUCAAAUGAACAAUCUAAGUAUUUAAACUCAAAUUUUUGAGAAAUCACAAGUAGGUCCAGGACUAGGGACCUACCUUAAGAACUUGAAA